UCUGCAUAUACUGCACCGCGUUUCGACGAGUUCUCAGCACUCGUUGACGCGAUUCUGCCGUGCUCGACGUCUGGCGUUGUUUUAUUCUCGUGGCUAGUGUUAGCUAGUCUGCUACUACGCGGGAUUACUACUUUCCUAUUACACGAUCGCGACAGAAACAGCUACUCUGGAGGGCGGGUUUCCUCUUCGUUUUUACGUCGUGCAGCCGGGACCGGAUUCGAUCGAGUUUAAUGUGUAACAAUAACACGCUUGGAGAUGAGGGUAACACGGAGCUGUUUGGGCAACAUCACCAAGAUGUUGGACUUUUAUUCGCAAUUCAAUCCCUCGCCGCUUUCGAUAAAACAGUUCAUCGAUUUCGGUCUAAGCGCUUGCGAAAGGAAAUCCUUUAUAUUCCUGAGGAAAGAACUGCCAGUACGUCUCGCCAACAUUAUGAAAGAGAUCCAUUUGCUACCGGAUAAUCUAUUGAAGAUGCCUAGUGUGGGUAUUGUGAAUAAUUUGUAUGUCACUUCUUUCGACGAAAUAAUACAAUUCGAGAAAUCGGAUGUCAACGACACCACUUUAGACAAAUUCUGUCAAGCUCUGAUAAAAAUCCGAAAUAGGCACACCGAUGUCGUCCAGACCAUGGCACAGGGCGUCUUGGAGCUGAAGGAGUCUUACGACGUGGACAAUCAGACUGAGAACAGCAUUCAGUAUUUUCUGGACAGAUUUCUCAUGUCUCGUAUUUCCAUUCGUAUGCUGAUCAAUCAGCACACGCUUCUUUUUGGUGGGCAAUUAAACGGGCACAGUAGACAUGUGGGAUGUAUAGAUCCGUCCUGUGACGUGAUCGGCGUUAUUAAAGAUGCUUACGAGAACGCACGUUUUCUGUGCGAUCAAUAUUAUUUGGCUAGCCCGGAAUUGGUAGUCAAACAACAUAAUGAAUUUGAACGAAGCAGUGAAAUUAGAAUCAUUUAUGUGCCGAGCCAUUUGUAUCAUAUGCUAUUCGAGCUCUUCAAGAACAGUAUGAGAGCUGUGAUGGAACAUCACGGAUCAGAUUCGGAUAAUUGUCCGCCGCUCGAAGUUUUGCUUGUGCGCGGCAAAGAGGACAUCUGUGUGAAGAUAUCUGAUAGAGGCGGCGGAAUUCCUCGUUCACAAAUGGACCAUUUAUUCAAGUAUAUGUAUAGUACCGCUCCACAGCCGAGCAAAUCGGACAAUGCUCAUACGGUACCGCUUGCAGGAUAUGGAUACGGUCUGCCAUUGUCUCGGCUAUAUGCUAGGUAUCUGCACGGUGAUAUCGUGCUGCUUAGCUGUGAGGGAUACGGUACAGACGCCAUUAUUUAUCUGAAGGCGUUAUCCACUGAGGCGAACGAGCUAUUACCAAUAUUUAAUAAAACUUCGUCGAAAUUCUACCGUACGCCAAUACCUACGACGGAUUGGAGUAGUCAGUGUGGCGGUGGAAUGGCGACGAGGCAACUUAGUAUGAGUCAUGCUCAAGGCCACAGGCUUCCACAUGGAAUGGAAAUCACUCAUUUAUAGCAAUCGAUACGGAUCAGGAAAUGUUUGGGGAACUCAGAAAAAUCUUCUGACUGCGCGCAAAGGAUGCUUUAAUAAUGGAUAAUAAUUAACGGGAAAAUUAGAUCUGUAUUCAAAUUAAGGAUAAAUAUUGCAGAAAUAUUCUUUAAGUAUGAGAAACAAUUAGGACUAUUAGGAGGAUGAAACGUUACAUUGGCCAAAAAUAUAAUAAUGAUAAUCUUCCUUGUGCCGUAACUGCACUACAUAUCAAAUUAAUUACACAGAUUUGAGACAUCUGUUUUUUAAUGUUUGGUGUGUUUUCUAUGGCACAAGCGUAGAACAUCAAAAUCAAACUAUCUACUACGUGUUUAUAGUGAAAAGAUUUAACAGAGUUUUACAAUAUAAAUUUAAAAAGAAAAAGAAAAGUUUUCAAAUCUAAAAAAAAUUAAUAACAAUUUGUUUUAUAAUGAAUUUGUUUUAUAAUGAAGCUUUGCGUUUGAAUAAUUGUAAUGUUAAAUUUUAUAUGGUCAAAUGUAUUUCGUCUUCUCGUUAGUUAUAUUGCAAAUCACAUCAGCAUUUUUAAUUCAGAAAGCAUUUUCUGUUGCAUUGUGUUGCAUUACUAGGCAACAUGUAGCUCGUAAUGUCCGAUGAUUCAUCCUAGACCACGUUAUGAAUUUCAUUUGUAAAAAAGUUAUCUAACGUAUUUAUAAAUCAAUAAUACAAAAGCAUUGUAAAUAUAUUUUUAAGAAAUUUUAAAUAAUGCAUUUUUUGUUCUUUUUUUCUAUUUAUCUUAUAAUUUUUUAGAAGAUAUUUAAUUGGAUAUAUAUCUUAAAACGUAGUCUAGGAAAGGCAGACAUCCACUUCCGAUCGAUUGUUUGAGGCACAUAACAAACUGCAGACUGUGAUGUAAAAUUUUGAUUUAGCCGUUAGACAACUUACACCUGUUAGCAUAUGCGUCUACAAGACGCGUGUCGCGUUUGUAGUAAGCAAGUUAUAAUUUCGCAGCAAUGUAUAUGCCGGUUGGUUUCGAGCGAUCGAAACUCUCCAUCUCCUGCAAAAUAUUUUAUACUGUAUAAAAACAAUUUAUAAAGUCGACCGGUUGAAUACGAUGCACUUUUUAAUUACAUUUUCUACGAGCAGAUUGUCUUUAUACGGGUCAGAGAUGUUUUUUCACGAAGAAAAUUUUUGGUACGGAUCUUACGUGUUUGGAGGUAUCUGUACACGCAUUUCAAUAUACAUAUUUGUACAUCUA